CCCAGGAAGUGACAAGUAUUUGCAGCCGGGUCAAUAAGAGCCCUCCUUCCCACCCUUUGUAGCCCCUCUCUAGUCGGACGGGUGCAUGGGACUCUGGCUAUGGGAAGGUGGUGGCUGGUCUGGCAGCCGUGGCGCUGCAGAAAGCCCCCCGCUUUGCCGGCGACGGCCCUCUACCCCAGAAAUGCAUCCACUUUCCCCCUCCCUCAACAGCCCUUGCCCCCUCUGGCCCAAACCAUGGCUCGAUAUCUGCGUUCUCUGGAGCCCUUGGUGAGCCCUGAGGAGCUGGAGCAGUCGAAGGAGCUGGUGGCCGAAUUUGGGGCUCCCGGAGGAGAAGGGGACAGACUCCAGGCCCGGCUGCAGCGCCGGGCAGCUCGCAUGGAGAAUUGGGUAAGGAAUCCGGGAAGUCAUUGGUGGGUCAGCUCUGGUUAACAUUUGGAUGGGAGACUACCAAGGAAGGUUCAGGAUGCUUUCAGUAUUACUUUCCCCACACAGGAAGCUUGGAACACAUGGAAGAGAGGAGAGUUGAGAGUACUGGCAAAACUCAUUGCUGGUGUGUUGGAUUUCAAGGCCAAGAUUGACCACCAGACCCUCUUGGUUGAAUAUUCCCGGGGCUACCCUCUAUGCAUGGACCAGUAUUCCCGCAUCUUCGCCUCAUGCCGCCUUCCAGGACCAAAACACGAUUCUGUCUUGCUGCCUCCACCAGGCCGGAGACCAGCCACGUAUAUCACAGUAGUCCGCAACUUCCAGUUUUUCCAGCUUGAAGUUUAUAACAGCGAUGGAACGCCUCUCACGGUCGACCAGCUUCACUCGCAGCUCCUUCGAAUCCGUGGGCAGUCGUGGAAGACAGAUAAGGAGCCCCUAGGGGUGCUGACCAGUGACCACCGACACACAUGGGGACAAGCCUACACCACUCUCAUGAGAGACAAACUGAACCGGGAGUCGGCACGUGCCAUUCAGCGUAGCCUGUUCACAGUCUGCCUGGACGCUCCUGUCCUGAAGGUGUCGGAUGCUCGUGCAGGAAGCCGUCUGGCGGCACAGAUGUUGCACGGAGGCGGCAGCUACUCUAAUAGUGGAAAUCGCUGGUUUGACAAGACUCUGCAGUUCAUCGUGGGAGAAGAUGGCUCUUGCGGAGUGCUUUAUGAACAGGCAGUGGCUGAAGGACCUCCGAUUGCCACAAUCAUAGACCACGUCCUUGACUACUGCAAAGAUCCUGACCCGGUUCGUGCUCCGUUGAUCCCUCUACCAUUGCCCAAAAAACUCUACUUCUACUUCACUCCAGAAAUCAAACGCGACAUUGAACAUGCCAAGCAAAAAACUGACAUCCUCAUCACGGACCUGGACAUCACCUGUUUCACUUACCAUGGGUUUGGCAAGGAAUUUCUCAAGCGCUUUGGGUUGAGCCCAGACUCUGUCCUGCAGGUGGCACUCCAGCUGGCCUAUUACAGAGCACAUGGGGAACUGUGUGCCACUGCUGAGUCAGCCUCACUCCGUCGCUUCCACCGUGGCCGGACGGAGACCAUCCGCUCCACUACCUCCACUGCCCUGGCCUUCGUCCAGGCCAUGGCUGAUGAGAACCGUCAGGCCUCCGAGAAACUAUCUUUGCUGCAAGAAGCAGUCAAGGUCCACAGCACCCUCACAGAGCAGGCUCUGGAUGGUCAAGGCAUCGACCGCCAUUUGCUGGGGCUGAAGCUGGAGGCCAUUGCUGAUGGCUUCCGUGUACCAGAACUGUUUAUGGACACUUCCUACGCUGUUGCCUCUUAUUGGAAACUCUCUACAGGACAGGUAGCUGCCCGCACAGACUGUGUGAUGUGUUAUGGACCACUGGUACCCGAUGGCUACGCUGCCUGCUACAACCCUCUGCCUGCCCAUGUUAACUUUGCUGUCACCGCCUUCAAUUGUUGCCAGGAGACCAAUGCUGAGCAUCUAGCCGGAAGCCUCCAGAGGGCGCUGGAUGAUGUGGGGGCCUUGCUUGGGAUUUGUAAAGAUGGUGGAUCAUGAAUGUCUUUCUAGAGACACACUCCAUUCCUCUGUUCUCUCUCCCUAGAUCGAACCUGACUUUGGCUUACAGGGAACUGUCUGGCUUGUGUCGGCACUUCACCCAUAAUUCCUUGGGCCCAGAAUCUUUGCACUGCCUUCCUUUCAUGCCAAAGCUCAUUAUGCAGGUGUCUGUCAAUA